AUGCCAAUGCCCUACCCUCUCCAGCUCGACAUCCCGAAAUACCAUCCGGCGUUCACGCCAGGUGCUAGUUCGGUAGCGGGCGACUCGCUGUUCGAUAUCCGGCUCCCUCCCGCGCCGCCGCACCACCCAACGCCCGCGCUGUCUGCCGUGCCGGCCGGCUCGCCCGCGCAUUCCGUCUUGUCCGCGGGCUCGUCUGGCUCUCCGACCGACGCGGGGCAGCACUCGCCUCGCUCGCCGGCCGGGCGCCAGCCGAGCCACAGUUCGGUCGACGAGGCGGGCGCGAUUCAUAGCGAGCCUCAUCAGAACGCGCGCGUCUUCCGUGAUCUGCCCCCGUCCGCUUCCGCCGCUGCCGCCGCCGACAGCCGCUACCUAUAUUCCUCCCCGUCCUACGACCACCUCGCAAACUCCCCCAUGAACCCGCCCCGCGACCCGUAUCUCCCCCACGACGCAUAUGCAGACCACCGCCGCAUGUCCGACCCCGCCAUCCCCGGCGGCUACAAUAACCGGCCCGCCUUCCCCCCACUCAACAUCUCCCGCUCGCACUCCAACUCCGCCUUUUACGACCACGACCCCUACGCGCCCACAUCAGCUGGCCUUGACCACCAGCCCAUCUCGCCCCUCCACUCAGACUUUGCCACUGGCGCCAUGCCCUACCCCCACUCUGCUACAGACACCUACGGGCCCUCCCCGCCAGGCUCAGCCCAGUCUGCCACCUCCCCCUCCAUGGCGCGCCACGACGAUGGCUCGGACAGUCGCAAGCAGUACUCCUUCGUCGCCCUCCCAGGGAACACGAUCAAGAAGCGCCCGCGCCGCCGCUAUGACGAAAUAGAGCGCCUCUACCAGUGCUCCUGGAAGGAGUGCACCAAGGCAUACGGCACCCUCAACCAUCUCAACGCGCAUGUCACCAUGCAGAAGCACGGUCCGAAGCGUAGCCCAGCGGAGUUCAAGGAGAUGCGCAAGAAAUGGCGCCAGCAGAAGAAGGAGGCGGAGGCGGCUGCGAACGCGCGGCAGCGCCGCAUGGCCAUACAGCCCGACUACCCUGCCACCAACGCCUAUGGGCUGGACAACCACCGCGGCUACGAAGGCCAUCGCGUCGGUGGGUACGAUCGCGGCUACGACCACCGCGGUUUCGACGACCGGUACGACGAGUCCCGCAGCGCCUACGCGCCCAUGGGCGCCUUCGCAGGCUCCAGCGGCGGCAGCUUCGGCUUCGACGCCGUCCCGCGCUUCCAGAACGAGAGCGACGAGCGCCACAGGUGGUCGCGGGCCGAGCAAUCGUACCGUGGCGACGGGUACCUGUCCACCACCGCCGGCAUGGGUAUGGGCAUGGGUCUUGGAGGGCUCUCCUCCGCUGGCAUGUCGCCGUCAGGCCUCUCGCCGUCGGGCCUUUCUCAAUCAGCGGGCCUUUCGUCCAACAUGGCGUCGUCGUCUGGCCUCAUGCAGUCGUCUGGCCUAUCGCACGCGUCAGGCCUCUCACCGUCCAUGGGCCGCAUGUCGGACACCUCGCUUCUCGGGUACGGCCUACCGCCGCUACCCAACGACAAUUCGCGCUAUCUGGACGACCCCAGGCGUCCGAGUACCGGCCGAUCUAGCGCGCAGGGCAGUGGUGACGAAUACCACUGA